AUGACCAGAAUAAGGAUAAACCGAAGAGCUUUAGGGGGGGUCUUCAUAGUCUCCGCUGUCCCUUUGGGGCUGCUCCCACUGCGGUGCUUACACGAUGGGUUUCCAUUUCCUACUCAGCCCUACGGAGCACCAACCAGCCGCCCCUUUAGCUCCCUACACGUCCCUCUCUUUCCCGCAAGCUUGGCUCGUGCCCUGCCGCCCAAGCGCUCCCACCGCCUGGCCCGCCCACCGGCCGGCCGCUGCUAUUUCAUUAUUUAUUAUUUCAUUCCCUUUCUAGGAAAAGUAUGUGCUGGGCCGAGCCGAGGGGCGGGAAGAGGAGGCCGCCCGUCUUCUGGAGGCGUUGGGGGGCGGCCCGCCACCGCGGCUGACCCAGGGCGGAGGACAGGCGAGAGCCAAGCGGGCCGGGCGCUGCUGCUGCCUGAGCCGGGGACCGAGUGGCUCUAG